AUGGAUUCUCAGCUAAAAAGCAAAGUUGAAGAGUGGUUAAAAUGGGACCGCAACUCCGUGACCCACGAUGAGAUUUCGGCCCUGGCAGCUGGUGACAAUGUCGCACAAUUGUCAAAAUUACUAAAUAAGAGAAUGGAGUUCGGAACUGCCGGGUUGCGCGCGAGGAUGGGUGCCGGAAACUCUCAAAUGAAUGAUCUCACUAUCAUCCAGACAGCUCAGGGCUUGUUGAAGUACAUGAACGAUAAUUAUAUUCACUUGAAACCGAAGGGAAUAAUAGUUGGUUUUGACGGUCGGCACCACAGCAGAGACUGGGCCUCCAUUACUGCCAACAUCUUUGUCCGAUCGGGCUGGAAAGUGUAUCUCUUCCGUGAUUUCAACCCAACGCCAUACCUCGCUUUUGGUGUUCGCCAUUUCCAGACUGCUUGUGGCGUAAUGGUCACAGCAUCUCAUAACCCAAAAGAUGACAAUGGCUAUAAGGUCUACUGGGAGAACGGUGCACAGAUUCUCAGUCCACACGACAAAGGGAUUGCUAAAGCAAUUUCAGAGUCUCUUGUGCCACAAGAGGCAUCUUGGGACUAUCACAAGGUCACAGAGCAUGCCCAGUGCCUAAAUCCGAUGCCGGAGUUGGAAGAAAGUUAUAUAAACAUACAGAAGAGGACUAUCUGCUACACCGAAGCUGAAAACAAGAAAUCUGACGUCACCUUUGUGUACACGGCAAUGCAUGGUGUCGGAGCGCCGGCUGCCCAAAGAAUCUUCAAAGAAUUUGGUUUUCAGCACAUGGUUCCAGUUGUCGAACAGAUUAAACCUGAUCCUGAGUUCUCCACUGUGAAAUUCCCGAACCCCGAGGAGGGCAAAUCAGCAUUACAUUUGGCGAUGGCCACCGCUGAUAAGUGCGGCGCUAAGGUGAUUGUCGCAAACGAUCCCGAUGCCGAUCGUCUGGCUGUAGCCGAGAAACUCCCCACAAGUAGCCAUUUGCUGAUCGUCACCUAG